AACGUGAGCGAAACAGGACAGAGAGAAGGACAGCGCCGCAGCUCUGUGAGGCAGUCUCGUCGUGUGGAUAAAGUGUUGGUUGUUUAUUUGUUAUAACAGUAACCGUCUUCUUUAUGAAAGAAGAGUGAGUACCUUUAUCAAAACCUCUGAGUGAGCCCGCCAGUUGUUGAGGAGGCUCUACCGACUUGUAAUCGGUGAAUACCUCGAGGUUACCAGGAAGUAAUAGGACAGCACAGAAAGUCACGUGACUAACCUUCAUCGCAGUCUGUGGAGUUACAGAAGGCAGAAAAGAUCAACAGCAUCCAACACUUGGACCGUAGAUAAGUUCAAAAGGUCAACAGGUCGCAAUGGGAACACUACUGAGGAGAUCAGAAACAGCCAGGACAAUCCAGGGGCUCAGCUUACUGCUGCUUGUGCUGCUCUCCAUGGACACGACCUACGCCAGAAGCAGACCCAGCCUUGAGUGUAACCCACAUCAAGUUAAGAUGUCGUGCCUCAUGGGUUGUUUCGGCUGUUUUGAAGCUUUCGGUGUGCAGCUCUACGACAUGGCGGCGUGUUGUCGCGACUGUCGCCUUAGCGACGCUGACGUCAUCGACGACGGACCAACCAGAUGCUCGCCUCGCUACAUCCGACGGAGCUGGCUGAAGCGGAUUGGCUGACUGCCGCGGUAGGCGGUGUGCUUCUGACCUCCACUACAUCAUUAUGUAUAAAGUGUGGGGGUAGCUAUUCCGCCAGUUGCAGGCCUCACAGCCUGUAUCAGCCUCUCCUGUCAUUAAAGAUGCUAAAAACACCUUUA